AUGGACGCCGAUCUGCUGACGGACUUUAAGUCCUUUCAAGAGCUGGUUCAAUCCUCCUUGGUCGAUGUAACGAGAAGCGCAGGUCAAGUUGCCAGUCAGGAUUUGGGUUUUCAUCGAUCCUCCAGCGAAAAGCUUUCCCGAUCUCUGGAUCGUCAAAAUGCUCAUUUGUUGCGUCUGACUAACAAUCUACUGAAGGCCGCGACCAAAGACACGCCCAUCAAACCCCCGUCCCUACAAGAGCAGGAUGACAUUGAUGAUAGCUGGCGUCGGAUAGUCGAUAUUGUCGAUCAUCUUCUCGAGAAGUCGGACUCGGCCCUCGACGAAUUCUCUGGCGUCAUCAAGCGUCAAAGUCCUGCUCUGCAAGACACACCGCAGUCGUCGCCUCGACCUGGUAAGGUGCCCCGAGGCCUACAAACAUGGGCUCGUGAUUCAAUGCAAAAGCCACAACAGUUCUUCGCCGUCAAACCAGACAAUUUCCCUACUGGAUCAUUCAAGCCAUUAUUGCAAAGCAAGCCACAUGCCAUUGUCCCACUUUCGGAGAGCCUUGGUGAUGCUGAGACGGGGUAUAAACAUCCUUAUGCUCGGGAAAUCGAGGAAUACACAUUCCCCCCCUGGGUCAAAGAAGCACGUCCACCCAUUCCAUUCACACCCCUCAGUGAGUCCAAAGCUACGUAUGUCGACACUGAGGAAGGCGUGGUGGAAAUGCUCGAGGAGUUGAAAUCCGCCAAAGAGAUUGCCAUUGAUCUUGAACACCAUGACCAACACUCAUAUAUUGGGAUGGUAUCCCUGAUGCAAAUCAGCACGCGAGAGAAAGAUUGGAUCGUUGAUACACUGAAGCCUUGGCGACAAGCGCUGCAGAUGCUGAACGAAGUAUUUGCCGAUCCUGAGAUCUUGAAGGUCUUCCAAGGUGCAAGUAUGGAUAUGAUUUGGCUGCAACGUGACUUGGGACUAUAUGUGGUCGGUCUCUUCGAUACAUUCUACGCUUCUUCCGCCUUACAGUUCCCCGCAAAGAGCUUGAAGUACCUACUACAGCGAUUUGCGAAUUUUGAAGCUCAGAAGCAGUUCCAACUCGCGGACUGGCGUAUUCGACCACUGCCCCAAGAGCUCCUCGACUAUGCUCGCGCAGAUACACAUUUUCUUCUCAACAUCUACGACAAUCUCCGCAAUAUGUUGCUUGAGGCCUCCACCCCCCAAAACAACAUGCUAGAUUAUGUCUUGAAAGAGUCUCAGAAAGUGGCACUUCAAGUCUACGUUAACCCUAUCUACGACGCUGAGACUGGUCAAGGCCCUGCUGGUUGGCUUGCUCUUUUGACUCAAAGAUCGAGCAACUUCAGCAAUGAACAAUUUGCUGUCUUUCGAGCGAUUCAUGCUUGGCGAGACAACAAAGCUCGUCAUGCAGACGAAGGAGUCCAGAACAUUCUACCGAACCGCUUUAUUUGGCAGAUCGCUGAAGCCAUGCCGACCUCUCCAUACAGUUUCAGCCAAUGCUGUCGAGGUGGAAGCAACAAAAUUGUUAUGGAUAGUGUUGUCGAGCUGGUUCAGGUUGUCAAGGACGCCAAAUUUCACGGAAAGAAUGGGAAGUCAAUUCAAGACUUCUUCAAGCCACAGAACGGUGAUGCUUCUGGAGUCGGUUUUGCACCUCGCCGUUCUCGGCAUUUGACCUGGCGAAAAGAGGAAACAUCCUUGUCGGGGGUUGCGGCUACUCUGCAACAUGUGAAUGCAGACAAAGUGCCCCAAACUGCUACGCCUCCUCUUGAUCAUGGCGGUCCUGUUGAGAACUCAGUCGCAGCUAGAGGCAUGACGUCUCGUUUCUGGGGAAAUGUCUCUCUUCGACAACCCCAAAUCUUACCCGAAGCUACCAGCGCACUUUCCGCUUUGGCCUCUAUCCUACCAAUUCCCUCUUCCUCGGUGGAGGUGGCAGACGAGGAUACUCGCAAAGUUGCUGAUUCUGGUUCUUCGCACCCCUUCGCUAAUCAAAACCCAGCAAACACCGGUGUCUCACCCGUCCAAACCCCAGCAGUGUUCACCUUGAAUGAGCUUUCACGAUCAAAAAAGCGCACAGCGUCGGACGCUCUCCUUGAUCAUCCACCAGCCAUUCGAACCAAAGAGCUAAAUGGCGCAAGUUCGUCUGAUUCUCUGGCUAGCUCGCCCCAAACCCUGGCUUCUACUUCCGACCUAGCAUCUUCACCAUCUCGCCCUUCCGACUCCAUCAUUGAGGAGAAACGCGCUAGCAAACGCCUGGCAAAGGAAGCGAAGCAAGCUCUUAAGACCGCAAAGGCUCAGGCAGCAACCGCAGCACAAGCAGCGAGCCAGCCCUUUGAUUAUGCGAACGCCGCAUCUUUUCUCCAUCCCACCAGCUCCGAACCGGGUGAGAAGGAGCCAGCAGCCAAGCGCAUGAAUCCAUUUGCAAAGGUUCUUGAUACAGGCACUGGCGCAAAGCAAAACAAGAUGGGCAAAGAGCUUGCAGGAAAGAGUAUGACUUUCAGAUCCUAG